CAUGUUUUGGAAACAUGUCUGUAGUCGGAAAAUUCUCUGCUUUUUGUGCAGCGACCCUCAGUGUAUAAUGACUGUCUCAUGGAGAUGUCAACCUAGUCAGACAGAAUCAUUGAAAUGCUCAGUUUUAGUUAACAGGCGCAACUUUUAUCAGACUUUUAAGCACCUGCCUUUUCCUUGUUUUGCAGUUCUGAAUAUGAAAGACUUUGGUUCUCUAUUUGACGUUAGCAAAUAUUCCUAAGUGGUUGAUAAAUUAUUGAAGCACCAUUAAUGGGAAAUUUAAUGGAGGGAGGCCAAGCGCAAAAAGUCGAGGUCUUCAAUAUCAAAAUGAAUUUUCCACUGCAAAACUAGUUAAUAUUCUUAAUAGGAAAUAAUGUUUACUGCUUUCUUUUUUGUUUUGAAUAUAAACAUAUGCAAUAGCAGCUUAAGAGAGUGAAGCUUCCGUUCUAACAGAGGCGAGGCGAAGCGAAGCUGAGUUAGAAUUACCACCACUGUAAAACUGUUCGAUUUGCUUCAAUUAUAUGAUAUAAGGCAUUAUUUCGCUUUCAUUUGCAUCGAGAAAUACACUAAAAUUCAGAGCCCAUUUUAUACCAUAAGGGCUGUACUAAUUGUGUUGCUUUGCUUUAAACUGGGCUCUGUUCUGUUUUUGGAAGACACAUCUCCAUGUAAUCAAUUGCACUCAGUCGAGGAGGAAAUUGGCCAGAUUUGACCUUGGGCAGACCAACUCUUUCAUGUUGCAUUUCUCAUCGCAGAAGCUUCCAAAAUAGUUGAUUAAAAAUAAAGAGAGAGAAGAGAGAAAGGGAGAUAAUACUGUUCCGCAGAUGAUUUGUUUCAACCGACUGUUUGAAGCAAAUGUCGGAAUGAAAUGCUAUAUUGCCUCCUUGUCUAUCAGUUCAGCUAUCGCGGCUCUGUAAUUCCUAAUUUAAUUAACUUACUAUUUAUUUCCUUUUACUUUCCCACAAUUUGCUACCUCAUUCCGGCUCAACUUCUGCCGUGAUUUUUUUUAUAGCUUUGUAAAUAUUUUAUUUACUUUUAUGUUGAAAUGGAAAAUAACUUUGUCGACCACUUCGACCUGUUGGUGCGUGCGGAGGUGACGAUCGAGGACUACUUGUACGUGCAUGGCAGUGCCACCUCCCCAGUCGCCUCGAGAGUGGACGAACUGAAGACAGUGCGCAAACACCUGGACACCAUCAUCAACACCGCCACACACAAGGCCCCCAAGGGAGACUCCAAGAGUUACCAAAAAUCUCUGCUACUCGAAGCGAAGAUACUGAUGAUGAAGUUGCUCUACAUCUUCGGAGAAAUGGACAGUAUAGACAACUACUUUGUAGAGAGUGAUCUAGACGCGGCAGUGACUCAGUUCACCAAUGAACACAACUCUCGCAUGCUUAGGAUGGCGGCAGAGGCGUAUGCGAUUAAAGGCCUCCAGGCAGAAUAUUUCAUGGCAUCGGAAAACAGCAAUGGUACUUCUAACAAAAAAUCUGCCCGGAAUCGAGGCAACCCCAAGAAGUACUUGGAGAGAUCAACUGAAGUAUGCUUCACUUUCUUGAAGUGCCUAGACAGUCUACGCGGCUACGGGGGCGGAGGAGGAUCUGUUGCGAACUUGGCAGGAACCACUCCAACGUCUCCGGUCGGCGGGAUGUGGACUGCCGGAUAUGUGAAUCAGAACUCGGGAUCGGCAGCAACCAGCCCUGUGUCCCUACAGAUGGGCAGCACAACUGCUCCGAAUGUGACCAAUUUCUUAGAGUAUGCGGUGCACAGGGUGCCCUCGAUGCUGUUCAUGGAGGAGAACAUAAGUGGAAGUGUGGGAAAACUGAGAGAUGACCUGCAGAAGUCGGAAAUACGACACGCUUCUGAGCUAAGAGCGCUUUUGGCGAGACAGUUGGCCGAAAUUCUGAUGCGUUUCGUCAGCGACCAUAAUUACACGUGUCUCUUAGACCCCUCCCAGCUCAAUUCUCUAGCGAGGAUCGCGACGGAAGACCUCACAGCAUCUCUCGGUGUAUCGGGUCGCAACUCGGCGGCGAGGGGUCUGAUGCCAAAUCCGGGAGCGAACAUCUCUCAGAGUACGAAUAAUCUGACAAAAAUGAAGAGCAGAACUUCUACUUUUCCCAACAUGGAAGUAGGCGGCCACACUGAGAGUUAUGUGCCCCAGAGUAGAAUGGAGGAGAUCCUGCUGCUACUCCUAAUCACAGAAGCCCUCAUCUCGAAGGAGUUGGUGUUGGACAUGGGGAGUGAACACGAAGUGUUGCGGACGAAGAAGUUGAAGGAGGAGAAGUUUGUGCUGGAUCUGCUGACCAUAGUGCUCUCCAAUGGACAGCAGUACAAUCUACUCUCACAGGCUGUCGAACGUGGCAUGUCAGUUGCGUUCGAGGACAAGGAAAUGUGGUUCAAAUACGCUCUCUCCUUAAUCAGUGCCCGCAAAUACGCCAGGGGCAUCAUAGUGCUACGCGAGUGUGCCAAACUGGACCCUACCAACUACCUCUACCACAGUCUCAUUGCCAGAGUAGCUCUGCAGAAUAUCCGGGAACCUCUGGUUGCCAUUGAGAGUCUGGAGAAGGCGCUGGAAGCCAGUGGGAAAAGUGCAGAUAUGACAUGUUAUGAUGAAGCCAAGAUCUAUUUAUUGAUGGCUGUUGCGUAUGCGAUGAAGGCCGAAAGCUCAACUGUUAAUAUUAGCGAUAAAAACCAAGCGUGGGAGGCUGCGAGAAAUCAUUUCGCCAAAGCUUACGAGCUUGAUGACAUGGAGCCCAUUAUUGCUUACAACUACGCUUUGUGUUUGGCCAAAGCUCGCAGGAUCUCAGAAGCGUGUCGUCUUAUUAGGGACUACGAGGAUUUUCCUCCCGCCCAAGAGCUGAAUAUUUUGCUGCUGACAUCCAUGAAGAAGUACGUAGAUGCAUUGGAUCUGGUGGCUUCAUAUCUAGAAGGAAAUGCAGAGAAUUUGACGUUGUUAUUUCUGAAGACGGCCAUAGAAGAGAAGAUGUAUGGGCCGAGUGUGGCAGCCAGGAAUCUGAAGACUAUGGCUGUCCAGAUGACCCGACUCGGAUUCCCUUCAUUCUUUUUCAGUGAUGGCCAGUCUGUGACAGCAGCCAGCGUGGAUCGGCAGCUGAGUGCUGCCAGUGUGGGCGGAGGAAUGGGAGUGGGAGUGGGAGGGGGUGCUCCCACACUGACAGCCCAGAAUACCCUGAACAGCACCCUGGGCAGAUCGCAGGCGUCUGAGUUGUUCACUCUGAGGGUGAAUAGUGCCUCGAUAGAUGGAUGGAACACGGAUGGUCAGAUGAGUCGAAGUGGGGCUGCCGCUUCCAUGAGUUUCCUCGACAACUACACCUUGAGUGAGGGAGGCCUUGCUUCGUCUAUGGACUCCCCGCGUCACAGCGGCAGCCACCAGAUGGGAGGGGGAGGAGGCAACAGCAUCGGAGUGUCCCCGGAAGACGAUGUGAACCUGAACAUCUGGAUCGUGAUGCUGGAGUUCUGUGUGAAGACUAAUAACCACAAGCAGGCCAAGGACUGUCUGCAGGAGUUCACCAAGUGCAUCAGGAGUGAGAGUGCAAUGUACCACUACCAUUAUGCUAAUGGCAUCUUGGCCGAAGAAGAUGGCAACAUGGAGGAUAGCAAAAGUUUCUACAAACAGGCACUCGUGUUCAACCCACGUGCAGUAGAUGCACGAGUUAGAUUGGCCACUUGUCUCAUGAAGGAGGACUCUCUGGAGUGUGGGGAGAAGGUGUUGAGAGAGUGCAUCCAAUUGAACCCCUACGACGAGAAGAGCUGGGGUUUGCUGGGAGAAAUACUGAAGGAAAAGUGUGAUGAAACAGGAGCGAGUGAGUGUAUGAGAACUGCGUGCAAUUUGGAACGAACAGCUCCCAUCAAGUGUUUCGACACCUUCCUCAAUUGGGCUAUUUGAACAGAGCUUUCCUCAUUUGCAAACAAAGAUGCUCAUAUCCGUGCCAAAAGCACAUCUUAGCCAUGUGCUGUUGAAUAAACGUGGGGGGGUCUCGCCAGGAUGGGGAUCACGAGAAGAAAUUAGCGAGGAAUGACAAGCAAACCUCUUAAAUUGUAUAUUGAAAUUUAAAAUGCAAUAUAAUGGUGAAUUUUCCAAAUUUUGAUUCCAAAAUUAUUUAGUUUGCAAUUUAGCGUCGGUAAAUGAA